AUGGCGAAAAUUAGACUAACCAAUUACGUCAUUAUUAAAAACAAUUUAGCGAAUAACGAAAUGGUCGGUUACGUCAUUAACGACAAGCAUCCCAAGAGCAUACGAGUUGCAUGCGACAGGUACAUGUACGUCGUUCGGUAUAAGAAGACCUUCAGGUACACAAAAAAAAUUUGGGCCCAUGACGAAAAGAGCGAAGCAAAGAUCGGAGACAUUGUCCGGAUUCAGCCACUGGGGUAUCGGAUAGGCCCCUGGAAAAAUUACAUCCUCGUGAAAAUUCUGUACAAGGAAAAUAAGGAGUGA